AUGGCGCAUUUUGAUUUAGCAACAGACAAACUCCCCACCUACCCUUCCGAGUGGUUUAAGAGCAACCCGGGGCAAAAGCCUCCCAUGGAAGUGCAUAUAAUACCAGACAACCGGAGGGGCAAUGUCCACUCAACCAUUCGACUUCAAUUUGCUGCCGGAACCCUCUCUCCUGCCGUUGCCACUGCAUUCCUUUGGCACGAGCUGGCGCGAGAACAGUACACGUUGUCCAAGGAAUGGACGUCAUUCAACAUAGCCAUCGGGGCAAAAGGAUCGAGAAUAAGCAUUUCUAAUUUUGCUGCUGUCAUCGAACAAACCAGCAAUUUGGAUUUAGUUGCGGAAAAUGUCCUAUUUGAGGCGAAAGAACUGCGUCGGUACGUGAUUGCCGUCGCCUGCGUUCUCAGAAUCAUAGGCAUUGACCGUGAGGAGUACAGGGAACAGGUUAUCACGCAUAUGAAUGCGUUAAUCACCCAAGCUCCGGGAACAGAAAUUAAUCUGGACCAAGUCUAUAUACAUUAUAAGACUUGGGCAACCUACACUCAAUACGCUAAGUGCCUUGCGUUUGCUGACAUGUUCUUGGCGGAAUUUCCUGCCCAUCCCUUAGCCGGACUCAGGAUGGGAUCGAUCGUGUGCAGGAUGAGAGACUGCUCGGCGUUGGUCGCCACGUUUUAUAUCCUGAAGAUGUUUGGGAUGACCAUCGGGGAUUUUGCACUUUGGAUCUGGACAAAACCGGUGGCGGCCCAGUAUGAUCAGGUCACCGUUGGAGGGGAGGAGAUGGACCAGCCCCGGUCAUACGCCCUAUAUUUUAGGGAUCUGGGGCUGUCCGAAAAGUCGCCCUAUUCGGCCCCCUCCAACGCUGACCUGCAUCUGUUUCUCCACACACUGGGAGUCACCGAGGAUUCAGAGAGAUCCGUGCGAGCCCGACAGGUAGGAACUCCCUUGAAGAACGCCAUCAUUGCGAAUGAAAUGGUGGUUGCGUACGUCUACGGACGUUUUAAUACAUUCCAAAAGGAAUACUCAUAUGACGGUGAACCGAUUGAGGAUGCUGGUCCUGGUGCAGCGGACGAAGUAGAGGAGCAUAGGAUGCCAGAGUCGAAAGACCCCGAUGCGUGGUUAGGCUGGCUGCAGCAACAAAACGGAAUAAUCCCACCCUUUAUCAAACGCCAAUCCUAUAUGCAUUGGUUAAAUCAUGCUGGAAGCAGACCAGGCACCAUCGGUGAAAUGUUAUUCCAAGACACAACGGCCGGGAUGAUGACAGUCCGUCCGGCGGAAGCAGAAGGUGGUCAGUAG